UGCCUGCCUGCCCUGUGGAUUUAAACUUGGCAACUGAAUGGAAAAGAGAGAAAGGGGACCAAAGAAAUAAAAUAAACAGGCUAAGUGUGGAAGUCUGCUGGUGGCAGUGAAGCAGUGAAAUUCCCCUUUUGCCUUCAGAAGAAUUUCUUGGCUUGCUGUGUGGGUGACUGCUGUUUGGAUUGUUGCAGAGGAUUUGGACUUUGAAUCAGACAAAGCACUAAUGAGGAGGAAGAGGAUGGACGUGCUGCUCCAAAGGACGUGGGCCGGGCUGCUCCUGUUGGUCAUGGUCUGUGACGUAUGCCUGUGCCAAAAAACCAGAAUUAAUCGCUGCGUGGCCUCCAGAGCAAGAAGCUGCACAGAGUGUAUCCGAGUGAGCAAGGACUGCUCCUACUGCACGGACGAGACCUUCAAAGAAUCCCGCUGUGACCUGAGAGACAACCUGGUGAGCUAUGGCUGCAGCGGGGCCAGCAUUGUGUACGUGAGAGGAGAGAUGCUGGUGCAGCAGAAUUUUAGCAUCGACACGUCUCUGAAGAAAACCCAGGUGUCCCCACAGCGGAUGUUCAUGCGGCUGAGAGCUGGGGAGGAGGCCAGCUUCAACAUAGACGUCUUCCAGCCCCUCGAGAGUCCUGUGGAUCUCUACAUCCUCAUGGACUUCUCCUACUCCAUGUCUGACGACUUGAACAACCUCAAAGAGAUGGGCCAGAAGCUAGCCGGAUUCCUGCAAGACCUGACCUCCAAUUAUACCAUCGGAUUUGGCAAGUUUGUGGACAAAGUCUCGGCUCCACAAACAGACAUGAGACCUGAGAAGCUGCGAGAGCCCUGGAGGGACGCCGACUCGCCCUUCUCCUUCAAGAACGUCAUCCGCCUGACCAGCAACAUCCAUCAUUUCAGCCAGGAGCUGAUGAAAGAGCGCAUCUCCGGCAACCUGGACGCCCCGGAGGGGGGCUUUGAUGCCAUCCUGCAGACGGCUGUUUGCAAGGAGAAAAUCGGCUGGCGGACUGACAGCACUCACCUGCUGGUGUUCUCCACCGAGUCCGCCUUCCACUAUGAAGCUGACGGCACCAACGUCCUGUCAGGGAUCCUGCCGAGGAAUGAUGAGCAGUGUCACCUGAACCGAGCGGGCACCUACACCUACGACACCAAGCAGGACUACCCCUCUGUGCCCACCCUGGUGCGCCUGCUGGGCCAGCACAACAUCAUCCCGAUCUUCGCCGUCACCAACCACUCCUACAGCUACUACGAGAAGCUGCACAAGUAUUUCCCCAUCUCGGAAAUCGGGGUGCUGCAGGAAGACUCCUCCAAUAUCGUGGAGCUGAUUCGCAUGGCUUUCGAGCGUAUCCGUUCCAAGAUGGACAUCCGGGCUGACUCAGUCCCUAAGUCCAUGAAGACAGAAUUUACCUCCUUGAAAUAUAAAAAGACAGAGUCUGGGUCGUUCCAUGUCAUCCGAGGGGAAGUGGGCAGCUUCAAGGUGCGUGUGAAAGCUCAUGAGUACGUGGGCGGGGAGCACGUCUGCAACCUCCCUAAGAAAGAGCAGCAAGGGGUAAUCCACGUGAAACCCUCCUCUUUGAGUGACAGCCUGAAAAUUGACGCCUCCGUCAUCUGUGAUGUCUGCCCCUGCGAACAGCAAAAGAUGGUUAGAUCGGCCAUGUGCAGUUCCAACGGGGACUUCGUCUGUGGGCAGUGCGUCUGCUACCCGGGCUGGCGAGGGGACAUGUGUGACUGUUCCACAGCCUCUUCCAGUGACAACCAGGCCUGCAUCCGCCCUGGAGACUCAGAGCCCUGCUCGGGGCGGGGCGAGUGCCUCUGUGGGAAAUGCCAGUGCUAUUCUGAGGACCUGACCCAGCGCUACGAGGGUGACUUCUGCCAGUUUGACAACUUACAGUGCCCGCGCACCUCCGGCUUCCUCUGCAAUGAUCGUGGUCGCUGCUACAUGGGUCAGUGUGCAUGUGAAAGUGGCUGGGGGGGCCCUGGCUGUGAAUGCCCCACAAGCAAUGACACCUGCAUCGACAGCAAAGGGGGGAUCUGCAAUGGCCGUGGGAGAUGUGAAUGCGGCAGGUGCAUCUGCGACAGGCCUUCUCGGUUCACUGACCUCACCUGUGAAAUCAGCUACUCCCUGGGCGUGCUGGGGGUUUGCGAAGACAUUCGAAGCUGCGUCCAGUGCCAGGCCUGGGGGACCGGGGAGAAGAAGGGGCAGAAAUGCCAGGACUGCUCUUUCAAGAUCCAGAUGGUGGAUGAACUGCAAAAAGCGAAGGAGGUGAACGAGUACUGCUCGUUCCAGGACGAGGAGGACGACUGCACGUACCGCUACACCCUGGAAGGGGAUCCCGGCACACUACACAACAACACCAUCCUGAUGCAGAAGAAGAAAGAGUGCCCACCAGGAAGCUUCCUGUGGCUCAUCCCCCUGCUCAUUUUCCUGAUGUUACUCCUGGGGUUGCUGCUGCUGCUCUGCUGGAAGUACUGCGCUUGUUGCAAGGCUUGCCUGGCCCUGCUGCCCUGCUGUGCACGAGGCCGCACUGUCGGGUUCAAAGAGGAUCACUACAUGCUGCGGCAGAGCCUCAUGGCUUCGGACCACCUGGACACCCCCAUGGUGCGCAGCGGCUCCCUGAAGGGCAGGGACACCGUCCGCUGGAAGAUCAACAACAACGUCCACAAGCCGGGCUUCUCCUCCCACACCACCACAAACCCCAAGGAGCUGAUUCCUUACGGCAUCUCGCUGAGACUGGCCCGGCUUUUCACCCAGAACCUCAUGAAACCGGACAGCCGGGAAUGUGAGCAGCUGCGCAAGGAGGUGGAGGAGAACCUGAACGAUGUUUACAAGCACAUUUCCGGUGUCCACAAACUCCAGCAGACCAAGUUCAGGUUGCAGCCCAAUGCCGGGAAAAGGCAGGACCACACGAUUGUGGACACAGUGCUCACCGCUCCCCUUUCGGCCAAGACGGAGAUCGUGAAAGUGACGGAGAAACACGUCUCUCAGGAGGCUUUCAAUGAGCUGAAGGUGACGCCGGGUUACUAUACCGUGACCUCUGACCAAGAUGCCCACGGGAUGGUGGAGUUCCAGGAAGGUGUGGAGCUGGUGGACGUCCGGGUCCCACUCUUCAUCAGGGAGGAAGACGACGAUGAGAAGCAGUUGCAGGUGGAGGCGAUUGAGGUCCCCAUGGGGACAGCGGCGAUUGGACGCAGGCUCGUCAAUAUCACCAUCAUCAAAGAGCAAGCCAGCAGCAUCAUCACCUUUCUGCAGCCAGCCUACUCUCACAGCCGCUUCGACCAGGUGGCCAGAAUCCCUGUGCGUCGGGAGAUCAUGGAAAACGGAAAAUCCCAGAUCACCUACAGAACUCGCGAUCUCACCGCGAAGGAUGGCAAGGACUACAUCUUCGCAGAGGGCGACUUGGUCUUCCAGCCUGGGGAGAUGCAGAAGGAGGUGCAGGUGGCGCUGCUGGAGCUGACCGAGAUCGAUGCCCUUCUGCAGAACCGCCAGCUCAAACAGUUUGCCGUGGAUCUGCUCAACCCCAAGUACGGCGCCAAGAUCGGCAAAUACCCGCAGACCACGGUGACCAUCACUGACCCAGAGGUUGUGGAUGGCAUACAGAUCCCAAUUGGCCUGGGCCAGUUCCCUCAGUCUCCCAGAGGCAAGCUGGGUGCACCGCUCAAUCCGAACGCCCAAGCUCUAAGCUCCAGGAAAAUCCGCUUCAACUGGUUACCACCGCCUGGCAAACCCACAGGGUACAAGGUGAAGUACUGGAUCCAAGGGGACCCUGAGUCGGAGGCCAGGUUGAUCAAUUCCACAGUGCCCUCAGCAGAGCUGAAUAACCUAUACCCCUACUGUGACUACGAGAUGCAGGUCUGCGCCUACAGCAACAUGGGCGAGGGGCCCUACUCGGAUAUCACCCACUGCCGCACCCUGGAGGAUGUUCCCAGCGAACCUGGGCGUCUGGCUUUCAACGUCGUCUCUUCCACUGUGACUCAGCUGAGCUGGGCUGAGCCUGCCGAGACCAACGGGGAGAUCACGGCCUACGAAGUCAGCUACGGACUUGUCAAUGAGGACAACGUUCCCUUUGGGCCCAUGAAGAAAGUUCUGGUUGAGGAGGCGAAGAAGCGCAUGGUUCUGAUUGAAAACCUGCGGGAGUCGCAGCCGUACCGCUACACGGUGAAGGCCAAGAAUGGAGCUGGCUGGGGGCCUGAGCGAGAAGCUACAAUCAACCUCGCCACACAGCCCAGGCGCCCAAUGUCCAUUCCCAUCAUCCCCGACAUCCCAAUCAUCGAUGCUGAGGGCGGCGAAGACUACGACAGCUACUUGAUGUACAGCGCGGACGUGAUGCGCUCCCCGUCCGGCAGCAAGCGCCCCAGCGUCUCCGACGACUCCGAGCAUCUGCCGAAUGGCCGGAUGGAUUUCACCUUCCCCGGCAGUGGGGGCACCCUGAACAGGACCUUGAAUGCUAGCUAUAACCAGCUGACCUCACACAUGCACCAGGAGAGGAGGCUGAUGGGCAGCUCGUCUCUGACCAGAGAUUACAGCACAAUGACCUCAGGAUAUGACCAGCCAGGGAGGAUUCUCCCUUCCAUACGUGAAGAUGCUGGCAGGAUGGCCCUGCUGCCCCAAGACGUAGGUGUCAGGAGCAGGGCAAAGGUGAAGGGUUCCUACGCCAGCAAUGGCUUUCGGGAUUCUAUAAUCAUGACUGAUGGGCCCACUGGGAUUGCCAAGUAUAUAGAUUCCAGAAUGGCCCUGGGCGUCCCUGACACUCCCACCCGCCUGGUGUUCUCUGCGCUGGGGCCCACCUCCCUGAAAGUCAGCUGGCAGGAGCCACAGUGCGAGAAAGAGGUGCAAGGCUACAGCGUGCAGUACCAGCUCCUCAGUGGAGGAGACGUGUACAGACUGAACAUCCCCAACCCCACUCACAACUCGGUGGUGGUGGACAACCUGCUGCCAAACCACUCCUACAUAUUCAAGGUGAAGGCCCAAAGCGAGGAGGGCUGGGGCCCCGAGAGAGAGGGCGUCAUCACCAUUGAGUCCCAGGUGGACCCGCAGAGCCCGCUGAGUCCUGUACCAGGUUCACCGUUUACACUGAGCACUCCCAGUGCGCCAGGACCCCUGGUGUUCACUGCCCUGAGCCCGGACUCGCUUCAGCUCAGCUGGGAGAGACCCCGCAAGCCCAACGGAGCCAUUCUGGGCUACAUGGUCACCUGCGAGAUGCUGCAUGGAGGAGGGGAACCCAGGAAUAUCUAUGUGGAGGGGGACAACCCGGAAACCUCCCUGACCGUGCCCUACCUGAGCGAGAACAUCCCCUACAAGUUCAAAGUGCAAGCCAAGACCACCCAAGGGUUUGGGCCAGAGAGAGAGGGCAUCAUCACCAUUGAGUCUCAAGAUGGAGGAGCUUUCUCACAGUUCGGAGGGCAGCAAUACAUGAGAGAGGAAGUGUACAACCUCCCCGCGGAAUACAACACCACCACCACCAUCAGCCACUCCUCUCUGGAGCCCUACUACACAGAUGGCAUGUUGAUGACCACCCAGCGGGUGGAGAGCAGUGGCACCCUCACCAAGCAGGUCACCAAAGAGUUCGUCAGUAGGACCAUGAUGUCCAGCGGAACACUCACCAAACAGAUGGAGACACAGUUCUUCGAAGACUGAGCUGGGGAGAGGCUGCCAAAGGGGUGUGCGUGUUCAGACUGCAGAGCUUUUCAGGCAGGCUCAUGCUAUGGUCAGCUUCCAGGCUCUGGGCCGCCGUGCCCACCUAAUCUCACCUGGGCAUAGAACUGCAGUGGCACUUGACACGCUGGUCAUUCCUUUGAAGCCCACCGCCGUGGAGGCGGCACGUCAGCAGAUGGGAUGGCAAGUGUGUGAUUGGCAUUUGGAGCGCUCCGUUUCCGGGCUGGCCGGCCUAGCAUCUCCACUGAGUGGUCUGUCGCAGAGGCUUCUCAGUGCAGGGUCAUUGGCCAGCCGUUUCUGGAGUCCCGUGUAGUAUAAUCCUUACCAGCUGACUUUGUGUGUAUGUGCUGCCUACCCACUCUCACAUGGCUGGCCUCCUGCUGGGAGUCUGCACUGGGCUUUGGUUUGUAUUUAAAUAUCCAGCUCCGCCUCUGUCUUGUGUGCUACCUGUCAUGCAUGGUCACUUUUAUUUUUCCAACCUGCUGGCUCAGCCCUGCUUUUCCCCCCUGUUCAUUUCACCAGUGGGAGGCAACUCCAUUGUGCUCUGCAAAUGUGCACAGUUCUAUUGUUUAUGAGCCUGUGUUGCAAUGUAGAUGGUCAGGGUAAUCGCUGCAUGCCUACCGCACCUGUUUGUGUAAAGCCCCCUGCUGCUAAUGUGUGGUACUGCAGUAACAAAUUAUAGCCUUAAUUUGCAUAGCAUUACCCACAAUGCUCUAUGAUGCAAUUUUGCUGAACUCUUGUACAGUUUUCCUCAUAUAUAUAAAUAUAUUUUAUUAUUUUAUAAAGAAACCUAGGUAAAUGAGAGCUACAAUGAGCAUUAAAGACACACAGCUUUUGGGAAACAUUUGUAAUAGCAGAGACUGGUUAAGGAGCCUGAUCCAAAGCCAAUGGGAAAACGCCCAGUGACUUCAAUGGGCUUUAGAUCAGUACCUAAAUCCUCCACUGUUGAUUUCUGCAGUACAGCAACCCAACCUCCUACAGCAUCCUGGAUCGAGGAGCUUGUGUACUGCAAAGCAUACAACAGUCCAGUCUUACUGUAGCUACAGCGUACUCUUGGGCGAAGGCCAAGUAAAGCCUGGAGGACUACAAGGGAAGAAUCAGAAUUGCUAGUUCAGUGGCGUAGGAUCGGAAGAAAUGUACUAUAAAUGGGUAAUAUUUUUGUUUUGUUGAAAGACCAACUUGGUUAUAAACCUAAGACCCCAAAUCCUUAUUGGUGUCACUUUCCCCACAGUGGAGCUUUAGUGCAGCUUAGGCAGAUAACAUUGCGUGACUUGUAAAGGCCUUUGAUCCCCUGCCCCAAAUACUCCCUGUAGUGUAUUACAUUCCACUGUCACCCAGUAACUACAAGGUGACAGCAGAGAGAGAAGUGGGGGCGGGACAGUCGCUCUCCUUUAGAGUGGAUGAACUGUUAGCCUCAGCCACGUCGUUCUUUCCCCAGCAUCAGCCAUUCUCAGACCACAUUGGGGCCAAGAACUGUGCUGGAACCCUGCCGUGCAUGGCUACCGCUUGGUGGCAAGGCUGUGGCUGCGUGAACCAAGUCGCUCCCACGGUCCUGCUACCCAAGGCUGAGAGUAGUAGGGGCUGUCGUGCAUCUGACCGUUGUCCAGUGAUCCUUUACUAGAGUUAUUGCCGUGUGUCUAGCUUCUGGGUCGAUGAGGCAUCCUAGCAUCUUGCCAUGCCCUUUGCUGCGUUCCCUCCCUGCUACUUCCCAACCCGGUGGUGCUGGAAUCUCUGUAUGUUCACUUUCCCUAGGGCAUUCAUGGCAAUGUGGUGGGGGGAGGAGCUUUGCCUUUCUGUCCCACACGCCUCUGCAAACACUGCACUAAGUUAUGCCAGCGGGGUGACUCGUUCGUAUGUUUCGCUUCCCAACCCUCUCCCCGAGGGGGUGUCUUUGAGGCGAGCGUUUCUGAUCAUAAUGUACAGUACUAACCGCAGGUUCCGUAGCCCAGUUCCGUAGCCACACGUCCAACCCAGCUGUGCCGAUGUUUAAUAUGGCUAUUAACCUAAAGACUUAAGGGAAGAUUUGCAAAGGCCCAAAGGGCAGUUAAGUACCCAACUCCCAUAGGAAGUCGGUGGGAAUUGGGCAGCUCCUAUUUAUGCCUUUGAAAAUCUCCCCGUAAGCCCCUCCAGGCCGUUGAACAGCGUUAGCUGGCUGAACAAGAGCUGAGGCAGCAUGGGCCAAAAGCUAGAGCUGUGGAUUGGGAGGCAAAACCCCUAGGGGGUUCUAGCCCUGGCUGUACCACUGACUCCUUCCCUGAGCUUGGGCAAGACACUUAACACCCUGGUGCCAUGUGGCACAUCUGUCAGAUGGGGAUGGCAGGACCCACCUUUGAAAUCUACCAAUGAGAAAUGCUCUUGAAUUGCCUCUUGUUUGACAUUUGGCUCUGAAGGGGUCUGAGCGUGGACUGGUUCAACUUCACCCUCAGCCGACUAGCAGGGGAGCUGCUCAUGAGCAUUUGGAAACUGUUCCUAGUGAGAACGGCAGCUCCCACCUUUCAUGGGUAAGGCCAGUUUUCAAAGGCCGCGGAACAAAAACAAUAGCUGCCCUUAUUCCCUGGAGGUGUCGUUGGUUUUAUUGAAGCGGACUAUGGAACUUCUCAGCCAUUCCUUGAGAACCAGAGAGAGCUCCCAGGACAGACCAUUUCAAGGGCUCAAUCUUGCACCUGGCUUCAAUGGGAAUUUUGCCACUGAUUUCCCUGUGAGCCAGACCCCUCUGUCUGUCUGUGUGUGUGUGUGUGUGUGAGAUUAAUAUACACACGUUCUCCCCAUUGUGCAUGACCAUCCUGUCCUAAACCUAGGUGGGAACUGGGGCUAGUUUAGUUUUUGAUCUAAAUACAAGAAGCCUGGUCUGUUACAAAUUAAACCAAAUGUGGUUUUACACAGCCCAUUAGAAAUAUUUAGUUACUGAAUGAAUGUCCAGUUGGCCUUAUAUUUCAGUUCCUGGCUUCCAGGGCUCUCGGCGACUAGUUUUUUCCUAGACAUGGACGUAUUUUCAGCUAAAGUGGCACUUCACCAAAGCUACACCACGUUGACUGUAGCCUCCCGUCGCUGUGCAUCACAGUACCUUGUACUGUAGUUAUAACACACUGAUUCGCUGCCACAGGAGAGUUCAUACAAUAAUUGUAACCAAAGAGUUAAUUAAAUUAUCUGGGGCAGAAUGCACCCUGGUGGCUGAUCCCAAUUCUAACAACCUGCCCUUUUAAAAAGGUUUGUAUAGAAGAGCCACAAUAGAACAUAACGACUUUUUUGUAGCUUUCAUGAGAUAAGUACAAUUGUUGGCACAUGAAUACUUCCGGUGUGUACCAAGGAAGAAUCUGUCCACAGGUGUUCUGGACCACAUGGCUUUA